CGAAGAUUACUACUAUGAUGUCCAAUAUAUCUAAAAAGGACGGGUUUGAUUACUUUACUCAAACUUUUGUAGGCGAUUGGGAUCCAUUAGACUAUCAUAAUUUUUGGAUAAACACCUUAUCAGUUGAACUAGAUAAAGCAACGGUAACAAGGGCUUUUAAUGAACAAGUCGAAUGGUUUAUAGCAAACGGCGUCGAGAACGAGCAGGAAAUGGCGAAAUGUCUAAAGGAACAAAUUCACGCACAGCAUCAUUUCUCUGUUGCAAACCGUAUACUUACCGGGGGAAAUAACAUAUCAGAACCAAAUCCUCCUGUUAAUGGGUCGGAGAGCGAAAAGAUAAGAUUCGAUGACAAUGUUGCUAAUACGUCUUCCAAAGGCACUAGUUCAGAUAAGGUCGAUUCCACUGAAACGAACGGAAAGUCAGUUUAUGAAAAUAACUUGAAAAGAAAAAGGGAUGGUGAUGAGUCGGAUUACGAAGGGUUGACGUUAUUAUUUGAUGAGUCAAGUGAAGACGCUCUUAUAGAAAGUAUAGACGCAAAAUUACUUGAACAAGAGAACAAACUGCCACGGGCAAGUGGUAAUAGCUCAUCAAAGAUUCGACAAAAAAUUAUGGAUGCGAACAUCAUUGAAGCCUUUCACAAAUAUGAAAAUAAAAUUCCAAAAGCCCGUAGGAUUUUCACACCUGCAUAUUGGGGAGUUAUGGAUUUAACCAGAGAAAGUUUAUUUGACUGUAAACAGCUCACAGAAGAGGAUAUAAUGCAACCGUCGCAAGACUUUGCCGAUAAAAUUUCCUGGAAAACAAUACCUCCAGAAAAAAAUAUACAAGAAUAUUUUGAUAAUAAUUGUGAGAAAAAGAUGAUUGACAAUCAUGAUAUUAAAAAACUAGAUGAAGAGCUAAAAAUGAGCUCAACGUUUCCGCUUUUUCGUGGGGUAUUUAAUUCCGAUAAGAUUAAGAGUGCUUGGGGAGAAAUUCAAGCCUUAUCUACAAAUCAUGCGCGUAACAAAGGGGGAAAUCCGUUUAAAAAAGCACGAAUAGGAAGACGUGUUGAUAUGAAAAGUACUCUCGUCAAAACAUCUAAUAAAUUCGAAGUAAUUUAUGGAGAGGUUGCUAGGGGUUUGGGUCCGUUUGGAAUACCCACUGCAUGUCGUAGAAAGCCUUAUCUUGAUAAGAUAUUAGAACAUAUUGGUAAUAUACCAAUUGAUGAUUUAGAUGAUGUUGAUUUUGACGUAGAAUCUAUAUCAGAUAGUAAUAAGGAAAAAGAAAGUAGUAUAUUAGAUUAUGAUAUUGAUAAUUUAGUUAAUCAAUAUAUUACUUAA